GUCACUGGAAGUGAAGCAGCCCCAGAGGAGUGGUGGCCGACAGCGCAGGAAGAGGCAGAUCUCUCCGCUGCACGUGUUGGACAGCUCCGAGGCCCUAGCGCUCCGCAGCGUCCCAAGACUUCAGUCCUCAGGAUUGACCCCUAUGCCGCACCGAACGAACUGGCGCCGGCACUGUUGGCUGGUUUGCGAGCUGCAGGAUGCGGCACCUCAAUUACCUUGCUGGUGGUGUGUCGUGCGUACCAGAGCCGUCGACCUGUCUCGGUGCUGAACUGGUGUCUUCAGCAAGAGGACUAUGCUCAGUGGCGCAUGACGGUGUUGCCCUACUCGUGGGACCCUCGCUUCGUUUACCUGGAGGAUUGCAAAGCCCGUGGGAACGAGGUGAUCUUGGAGGUCUGGAUGGAGGAAGAGGGACAGGAGGCGGAGAUCGCGCUGAGUCGCCUACUGCUGGCGCAUCCUACUGCUGUGCCAAGAAGACAUUGGCACAAUGGCUUCUACAGCAAACCCUUCAAGGAGCGUACUCGCCUGGCACGUGACGGAGUUGCAGAGCAUUGCGAGUGGUUCCGCUGGCAAAAGCCCGCACCUCUCUCUGCGGAAUCUCAUGCAGCUGCCGAGGGUUUUUCCAGGUUGACGAAGGCUGUUGCGGAACCACCGGAAGAUGAUGAUGAGGAGCCACCACCUUUGGUCAGUCAUGAGUGAGACCCUUUCGCUCUGAGAAAA